AUGGACUUGGAAUCGCUUUACGAGCGCGUCCUGAGGUCGGUCCCUGAGAAUUGUCUGCAAGACAGCUACAAUGAUGUCCUGAAGGAGGAAAUCUUGUUAAUUGACCGAGCGGUGAGCGACGUCUCCGCCGCGUUCGCCAAGCUGGAGGAGAUCCGCGAUGCGAUGGACAAGCUGGGCAACGGAUCAACUGGAAGUCGCAGUGCGAGUUUGGUGAAAAUCAUGGAGAACACGCGAAAGAUGCAAUGCGAGCUCAAUACGAAGCUGGACAAAGUCAUCUCGGGAAUGAUGGCAACUGGCCAGAAGCGAAAGAGAGAGCUGGAAACUGAGUCACCUAAAGGAACAGUGAAACUUCCACCUCGAAUGAUAGGCGAGACCGGCAAAAGUCAAACUUGGUCAGGCACCCUGAGCAAAGAUAAUUGCUUAGAUGAGAUGCGGAAGUUGACCCAGAUGACAGUGCUUGAACGAAACGAGCACGUGCCAGCUGUACUGCUUCAACUGAGAAACAUUAUCUGCGAGAUGUGUUUAGGGAGGGGAAUUAUCAUGAUGAAGUACAUGGUUUUAUGGGCCAAUUUAAGUCUGGGAACGAGAAACCUGCUAGAGGGAUUUCGCAGCUUUUGCGAGGCCGUGUCGCCGCGGAUAGCUCAGAUUUAUGAUGAGGCUCCGAGACCACUAGGCUUAAGGAGAUUGCGCGACACAUUACUGGAAAUGCACUGGAACCUGAAGAAAGAGCGCACCACUUCCCUCUAG